GAGCCCUAAAAGGGGAUGGAUCUAAACGUUAGCCUGGAUGCUGCCGCCCGGGCGCGCAAGGGCGAGGCGGCGGCAGCGGCGGGGGCGGCAUCGAUGUCAGGGAUGAGCAAUGCCGCCAAUGGCGAUUCCAGCCAUCCCCAGCAGCAGCAGCAAUCACAGUGCCAGCAACAGCAGCAGCAGCAGCAGCAGCAGCAGCAGCAGCGCAAGCGCAAGGCCAACCGAGAUUCCUGGCCUUUUAUGCACGCGAUCAUGCUGCUCGAGUGCUUCAAGGACGUGUGGACCAAGAGCAACAUGGGCAAUCUCACCAUGGCGCAGUGGACCGAGGUCUCCAACAAGGUGAACGAGUUCUGUGGCAUCAGCAUGAACGAGCAGCAAUGCCGGACCAAGGUGGACAACCUCAAGAAGCGCUACAAGCGCGAGAGGAUGAAGUACGCUCCCACUGGCCACACCUCUCCCUGGGAGUUUUACGUGGUGAUGAACAAGCUCUUUGGCAACACCACCAAGCUCUCCGCCGCGGGAGCUUCGCCCAUCUCUGGACAGCCCGCCGUGGGCGAUGGCUGUGGAGAGGAUACCGAGGGGAGUGACGAGGAGGACGUCGUGGUUCUCGACAAUGGUGGCGACUUGAUCUUCAACAUUCCGGCCGCGAGCUUGCCUACUACGUCGCCACAGUCCGGGAACUCUUUUGGAAGAGGUGGUCACACUCUUCUUCUCGAGGGUCCUGGGGAGACUGGCCUGGACGCUUCGCCGAGUGAGAACUCAAACGUGGUGGCGGGCCAAGCGGCGGAGACGAGCAGCUACCAGGAGUUCUCGAAUGCUGCUGGCUUGAGUCCACGGCUGGGCUCUGGGAAGAAGAUGACGAGGGCGACCAAGAGGAAACGGGAUUCGGGCGUGGGUGUCGCGGCCGGUGAUGGAUAUGGAGAUUUGCUCAAAGAGGUGGAGAGGGAGAGGAACGUCGACUGGCAGCGCAGGCUGGCUGAGCUUGCUAAAGUUGAUAAGAAGCGUGCUAAGUUGCUUAUGCGGUCUCAAGACGGAUGCGUGGGAUUCAGGAAUGGACCUGUGGAUGGAGCUCUUGGUGCUCAGCAGGAUGGUGACGAGUUUGAUGACUUGCUAGAUUUCGAGAGGCGGAGGGAGGAACUUAAAUGCAAGGAUCUCUGCGAGGCCGAACGGAAAGUGGACUUGGCAUCCAAGGCGUUGUGCGAGGCACAGCAGGAACGGGAACGGCUCGAGAGAGACGUGACUGUCGCAAGGGAAGCUUUCGAGUAUAGAAAAGCGGUCGGGACAGGUUUGAAGCUGUCACUGAAGAAGUAUUUCGUGGAGAAAAUACAGCCCGCCGAGAGAAUCAACGCUUCUUUGACGAAGUUUCCAUAUUACCUGAGUGAUGUCACUCGGGAUUUCCUAGUUGAGGCGCUGGGAUCGUGCCUCGAUCAAUCUAGACGAGCGAGUCACUUGUCCGGCCUUUGUGCCUCCAGCAAUACGAUCUUGCUGAAUGGUCCACAAAAUUCGGAAAUGUACCAGGAAAUGCUGGUGAAAGCAAUUGCUCAUGAUCAAGGCGUAGCGUUACUAAUGCUCGAUAGUACAGAUCUUGCUCCUCAAGAUCACGGUGAUGGUUAUACUGAUGCAGUUGAAGCAGAUGAUGAUAUGUCGAAGGUGACGGGCUUCAAAUAUGGGUUCAGGAAAGGUGAUCGUGUCGUAAGCAAAAGGGACGAAAGGCAAAGAGGUCGAGUCAUUGCCGUCUCUGAAAGUGUUUCUGGAAAGAUUGGGAUCCUCUUUGAUGCGACGGAGGACGCACUCAAGUUAACAACAAGGUUCGAGGACAUUCGAAGAAGUCCUCCCAUUGAAUGGCAUUAUGCGUCUGAUUUUGACAAGGAUCAAUCUGGAAAUACAAUGUUCCUUGCAGCAUGGCAAGCCACUAUCAGCGCUUUGUGCGAGAUAAGUAGAAGCGCUAAGCCUUUGAUUGUGUACUUCCCGGAACUUGAGCAAUGGUUUGAAAGAGCAGUCCCUGUAGCUUGGAAGCAGGAGAUCAUUGACAAUUUACAAAGGCAAUUGGACAAAGUGAUUGGAAACGUCGCUCUUAUUGCCACCUUCACUUCCGAUGCAGAUGAGCCUCUUUCUGUGGUUAAAAGGAAGAGCUUGAAGAGUAUACAUAACUUAUUCGCCAAUGUGGUCGAUAUUUUUCCUCCAAAGGAUGAUCUAGACUUCUGGAGAUGGAAAGCGCUUCUUUUGCAAGACGGUGAGCGUGUUACUGCGAAUAAGAAUAUCCAACUAUUACAGAAGGUUCUGACGUCCCACAACCUGGUGUGUUUGGAAUUUAUGGAGUUUCAAAUAUGUGACUUCCUUCUCACAUACUCGGAGGCCGAGUACGUUGUAAGUUGGGCAGUGAGCUACGAAUAUUCAAACUCACAGAAUAUUCACGUAGACAAAUCGACUGCCAAAACUUCUCUUUCGGCAGGCAGCUUGGAUAGAGCGCUUCUCAAGCUGAGACGGCUCAAGCAUGCGCAAGGUCCUAAGCUAGUAGCAAAAGACGAGUUCGAAGAAGCUGUGUUGUCUACAAUAUUGGCGCCAAACGGCACACCGAAAUUUGAUGACGUUGGUGCACUUGAGGAUGUGAAGAAAAUUCUUGGAGAGCAUGUUGUGGUGCCCCUCCUGAGACCAGAACAUUUUGCCAAGGGAGCGUUGGCAUGUCCUUGCAAAGGUGUACUUUUAUAUGGACCGCCUGGUACUGGGAAGACUUACUUGACAAAGGCCGUUGCAGCCCAGUCUUCCGCGAACUUAUUUUGGCUUAGAGGCAAUUCUAUUGAGUACAAGUGGCUUGAGGAUCCGAAGCGGAUGACCAGAGCCCUGGUUUUCAAUUGCACGCAGGCUGGCUCCAUCAAUUAUUUUUCUCGAUGAGAUCGACAGUAUUUUCGCCAUACAAGCUGGAGAAGCAAUGACGAGGUUCAAGUUCGAGUUUAUCUAUGGAUGGGAUCGGCUCAUGUCAGGAAUAGCAGAGCCAGUUGUGGUGAUG